AUGGAAAAGGUGAAGAUUGUUCAGGAAAGGCUAAAAAUAGCUCAAAUUCGUCAAAAAUCCUAUACAUAUGUUAGGAGAAAAGACUUAGAAUUUGAGGUUGAUGAUUGGGUAUACUUGAAGGUUUCACCCAUGAAGGAUGUUAAGAGAUUCGGUAAGAAGGGAAUACUCAGUCCCCAAUACAUUGAUCCUUACCAUAUUUCUAAGAGAGUUAGCAAUGUAGCUUAUGAGUUGGAGGCACCGUCAGAGUCAGCAGCAGUCCAUCCGGUAUUCCACAUUUCUAUGUUGAAGAAGUGUAUGGACAAUCCUUCACUUAUUGUACGUAUCGAGAAUAUUGGUAUCAAGGACAACUUAUCUUAUGAGGAGAUGCCCGUUCGAAUUCUUGAUCAUCAUGUUCGCAAGUUAAGAACAAAGUAG